UAUUGAGUUGUAAUUUUUGAGUUGUAAGUAAAUAAAAGUGUGAUGAUCAUCAUUAUUAGAGCAUUGUCCCAUGUGAGGAAAGGAUGAUGGAGACUAUGAUUUCCCCAUAAGUCAGGAUGAAACUCCGGCCAAAAAAAAAAGAAAUUUUUAUUUCUGUGCCCCUGGUUCCUUAGCUCUACUCAUUCAUCCCCACUCUGUUAACUUUUGCUCACUUUUCCCCACUCCCUUGCCCGAAACCCUCAUAACUGGUUAUAACGGACGUUGCCAUCGGGUCAAUUGUUUUGACCGUUAGCUGACGAGUGGGGCCGCGUAUAUGUGGGCGCAUGCAAGACCGCGGUCGUGGGGUAGCACGUGUCCAUGGACAUGCCCGAAACGUCCCAUCAUAUAAAGAGGGCAACCACCUCCAUCGCCCCUACCAUUUUUCCCCAAAUCCCCUCGCUGUCGCAUCGUCUUCCUCUCCCCCACCGGCGUUGUCUCGCUCUCCCGCACUGCCUCCACCGCACCGUCUCGCUCUCCCCCACCGCAUCCUCUUCCUCACCUUCAUCGCCUCCAUCUGUCAGAUGGCCGACGCUCGUGGCGACGCCGACAUAGCGGCCGGAGAUGUGGUGGAGCUGCAAGGUCAGGGCGCGGUGACCGCGGAUGUCGGCGGCGUCCACGGCGGUGCGGGGAAACUCGCAACCGCUGCGGAUGUGGCGGGCUCCACCUCAUCGCUGCAGAAGGUGACGGCGUCGAGCGGCGCAGUCCAUCCCGAUGCCCCCGUUGCGCCGCCUGCCGUGGAGGAGCAGGAGGAUGAUGGUAGGGGGAAGAGGAGGAAGAUAGACUAUACUUUCGACGACCCGUACGAUCCAGCGUAUGGUGACGACGAAGAGUAUGAGUAUGUCUCUGGGGAAGAUGUGGAUGUGGACCGCGGCAACUUCGCCUCCUUCAAAGAGAAGGAAGAGGAGAAGAUCAGGAUCAAGGGCGCGUGGAUUACUACUACAAGAGCAAGACCAAAACUUGGCGUUGCCCCUACUGCACCACCAAGCCAAAGCCAAAGUCCGGCCGCUUCGUUCACCUUCUAGCUCAUGCAGAAGAUGUGGCCAUCCACGGCGAGGACUACAAGAUCAUGGGGCAGCAUGCUGCCCUAGCCAAAGUCCCGUCUCCCCUUCCCUGAUGUUAUGAUGUGUUUUAAGUACUUUAGGUUGUUUGCUGAACUAUGUGGGUGAACUAUGUUUGUGAACAGGAUGUGGGUUACCUUUUGGUGGUUCGAUGAAUUUUAUAUGCUUGUGGCUAUCUAUGUUGGGUAUUUUUGUGUUUUUAAAUUUAUCUGCUAUGAUUUGUUUCA